GUGGGGAUCACUGUCAAAACUCAAAACUUCUCAAAGCAACCCAACUCUCAACCCAACUCCUGACACCAUGGCCUGCUGCUCCACCAGCUUCUGCGGACUCCCCAGCUUUACCCUCAGUGGGACCUGCGACUCCAGCUGCUGCCGGCCAAGCUCCUGCCAGACCAGCUGCUGCCAGCCAACCUCCUGCCAGACCAGCUGCUGCCAGCCAAGCUCCUGCCAGACCAGCUGCUGCCAGCCAAGCUUCUGCCAGACCAGCUGUGGCAUCGGUGGUGGCGUCGGUGGUGGCGUUGGUGGUGGCAUUGGUGGUGGCCAGGAGGGUGGCUCCGGAGCUGUGAGCUACCGCACCAGGUGGUGCCGCCCUGACUGCCGAGUGGAGGGCACCUCCCUGCCCCCCUGCUGUGUGGUGAGCUGCACCCCCCCAUCCUGCUGUGAGCUGCACCAGGCCCAGGCCUCCUGUUGCCGCCCAUCCUACUGUGGACAGUCCUGCUGCCGCCCAGCCUGCUGCUGCCAGCCCACCUGCUGUGAGCCUAGCUGCUGUGAGCCCACUUGCUAAAAGCCAGGUUACUGAUUUUCAACUUCCAACUCGAUUCAUGAACUAAGUAUCUCUUCAUCCACUACUGGACCAUUAACAAGUUCUUGAACUUUUAUUUGGCUUUUGUUGUGGGAGUUACCAAAUAUUUGGGCCCCACAGACCUAUCUGAUUCCAUUCAAUACUGGAAAGACACUGAUCUCCCCACUGAGGCUGCCAAAACACAAAUUUGACUCAAAAAAUGGGAAAACCAAUUUGCCUUGGGGCUGACCUUCGGCAAAUAUUUGAUCCUACUCUCCUUGGCUCAGUGCUGUCAAGGUCAUGGAAAAACCGCCUGUCCUUCUCAGAUACAUUCACCUGCUAUACUCCACUAUCCUGCAAAUUGCACUUCCUGUGAAAGGGAAAUAAUAUACUAAGGUCUAAUAAAUUAUAUCUAUUUGAUGCAGCAAACAUA